AUGAGCUGUGGUGAUGACUUCAUUUUGGAUCCUUAAAAUGAUUAUUAAUUUUCAUUCGUUUAAGAAGAAUAGUUUCAGGAUGACAUAUUAGAAUAAAGCAAUUAAUAAUAGUUUGAAUGUGAUAUACUAGGAGAUAUAAAGUAAAAAUAGAGGAAAUAGUUUUUAGUUAUUAGGAAUAAAUAGAUUAAUUUUCUGAAAAUUUGGAAGGAAAUUAGAAAUAAUCUUCAACUCAUAAUUUUGUAAUAGAAAAUGAUUCACGUUUGAUAAACAAAAAUUAGUUUUUCAAUAAUUAAUAUAAAGUGGAUGAUUGUACAAUACAAUCAAGAAGUAGAAGUAGAGAUAUAGAGAAAAAUGUAAUAAAUUAGUUAGAAUAGAAUUUAGAAUGCAAAAAUGAAAAAAUGGACAUAAGAAGAGAAUGAUUUACUAGCAAAUUUGUAUUAUUAAUUUAAUGGAGAUUGGAACAGAAUAGUUGAAAAAAUGUAAGGAAGAACUUUAGCAUAAUGCAAAUAGUAUUGGUAAAGAAAACAUAAACCUGAAUAACCAUAAAAAAGUAAAUGGACUCCUGAAGAAGAUUAAAUAAUAAUGAAUAAUAUUAAUUAGGAAGAAAAUAAUUGGGCAGUCAUAGCUACUAGUAUAUAAAAUAAUAUAUAUUGAAAGUCUUAAAAAAUAAAACUGGAAAACAAAUAAGGGAGAGAUAUAUAAACAAAUUAAGAUCAGAUAUUAUUGAUAUCAAAAAAUAACCAUGGUCUUAAUAGGAAGAUUAAAAAUUAUUGCACUUAUAUAAAUAGUUAGGAUCUAAAUGGUCUUAAAUAGCUAGAAAUUUUUAAGGGAGAUCGGUAUGUAUAUAAAAUAAGUCUAGGAUUUGUAGAUCAAAAAUAGAACUAAUAAAUUAUUAAAAAGUUAAAGUAGUACAUAAUCCUAAAAUGAAUAGCUUAAAUUACAAGUUGAUAAUUUAGAAGACUAUUUAGAAUUAGAUAAAACUUGUGAAAAAUCUCUAAAUAAACCUAAGUUUGAAUUUCCAUAAUAUAAUUCUUAUUCAGUUUCUUCUCAAUUCAUUCACUGA